UCUCUCUCUGUCCCGCCUACUGCUGCUACCAGCGUCUCUCUCACACAACUCUCUCACUCACUCUGUACUGAGCCCUCCAUCUGCUCUGCUCCCAACACGCCUGACCAACGUCAAGCGCAAUUCCUCUGCACGAAUCAAUCGUCUAACUUGUAAGUCUGCUUUUCCAAUUCUUCAUUCAUCCUGCGCAAAAAUCCCGUGCACCCUCGUGGUGCUCAUGUUUUGCUCGACGCGCGCGUUGUGGACAGGCACGCGCCUCACCCAACGCUUGCACCCACCGCAGCAAUCUUCUUGCGACCUCCCCUUUUUAUAAAUCAUUCACUUGCGCUUCUCGCUCGCGUGCUUUUUUUUUUUCUUCUAUGACCCUUCUACCCGCCUCUUCUGCUGCGCUUGCUCCAAAUUCAGCCCUUGUUCCCUUGGUUUCACAUGGCGCGUACCAUCAGCCCGCUUACAAUCUCUCAACAGGAAGCUUGAACAGCUACACAUCUCUCAUCAUGCCUAAGGAGAAAGUCACCCGCGGCAAGGGCAAGAAGGCCGAAGGCGGCAAGAAGAAGAAGGAUCCCAACGCCCCCAAGCGUGGUCUGUCUGCCUACAUGUUCUUCGCCAACGACCAGCGCGACAAGGUGCGCGAAGACAACCCCGGAAUCAAAUUCGGUGAUGUUGGCAAGAUGCUCGGCGAGAAGUGGAAGGUUCUUUCCGAGAAGCAGCGCCAACCUUACGAGGCAAAGGCUGCUGCCGACAAGAAGCGCUACGAGGAGGAGAAGGCCGCUUACCAGGCCAACGCCGAAGAGGAGGAGGAGGAAUCCGACUAAGUUGACGUGGUUCCGCGCUUCUCCUUUGACGCGCAAUCUGGUAUGAGCUUGUCUGAAUGGCCAUCGGUCUUUACUGGUGACUAUAGGACUUCUGGGGUUAUUACUGGGGCUUCUUUUGUUUUUUUACGCUUCCGACAUCUUUUCCAUCACGUGGGUAUGUGCAAGCAAGGGAGCUUUUUAACUCCAAGAUGAUGUUUUUCAACGAGGCCGCAGGGAGCUCCCCCAUGAAGCCUCAUUAAUGAUGUUUGGCGUUGUUCAGGUCAAUACCCGACGCCCGAGACAUCACGAAGCUCAUGUCGUAUGUACACUAGUUAUCCGUGGUACGCAAAAGAAACUGUUUGACAAGCGUCUGUCCCUAUUAAGUGUUGUUGCCCUCUCGGUCAAUCUGGUGCUGCUCUUGUGGUUGACAUGUCUAUGACCCUGCUCCUGGGUUUUGGGCGCAACGUUGUUUAUGGCUUCGUGCAAAGUGGAAUAACCCCAGGUCUACUCUGAUAUCCGCUCGUCACCAAGUUCCCAACUACCUAGUACCGUAUGUGGCUUUGAUGGCAGAUCCAUUGGGUUGGGUCAUUCCCAGGUAGACGUCGAUAUAUGGAAGUGCAAUCGAUCAUAUCAAUCCCAAGUCAAGUGGUGAUUCAACCCACCUACAUUACACCUUCACUGACCCGAAUCCGUGGAAUUCAUACACACAUACAACCACCCACCCACUCACUCACCCAUCCAAUUCCCAAUUCCCAAUCCCAC